CAUAAAUCUCCCCACAUGCGUGCUCCCUUCUGGUUGGAGAUUGCAGAGUGCACUGUUGCCCCAGUUGCAAUGGAGGAAAGUGACCAUGAGGCUCACUCUUCAUCAGACGAGCAGGACUCCUGCCCUGCCUCCCCUAAUCACAGCAGGGACCAUGAAGCUGAACAGCACUCGAGCCUCUCAGACGACUCAGAAGUGGAGAACAUUAUGCAACACCCUCACCACGAAGGUGGGCAUGGCCACCACCACCACCAGCACCAUGACCACAAGCGCCACCAUCACCAUGAUGGCCCUGAGCCUCAUGAUGUAGAUGCAGACAGGGAAGCUGAGGGCGAAGACCGCCCCCACACCCCGUCUUAUUUGCGGCCCCCCGUGGCGGGUAGGGCGCAGUCGGAUUCAGGUUCGGACCCCAGUUUGCCGCAGAGCAGGAGUGUGGAGUUCGACUUGUCGUCCUCUGUCAGCUCCUCCAGGCCCAAGAGCCCCUGGGGUCGAUUUGACCCUUACGACAAUAAUGAGGACCAGGACAAGGAAUACGUGGGUUUUGCAACGUUGCCAAACCAGGUUCAUCGCAAGUCAGUCAAGAAGGGCUUUGACUUCACGCUCAUGGUGGCAGGGGAGUCUGGCCUGGGAAAGUCCACUCUGGUCAACAGUCUGUUUCUCACAGAUCUUUACAAAGAUAGGAAGCUGCUCAAUGCUGAAGAGCGAAUCACACAAACAGUAGAAAUCACCAAACACACAGUGGAUAUAGAAGAGAAAGGUGUCAAACUGAAGCUCACCAUUGUGGACACCCCUGGGUUUGGAGAUGCUGUAAACAACACUGAAUGCUGGAAGUCAGUGGCUGACUACAUCGACCAGCAGUUCGAGCAGUACUUCAGGGACGAGAGCGGCCUCAACCGCAAGAACAUCCAGGACAACCGCGUACACUGCUGCCUCUAUUUCAUCUCACCCUUCGGCCAUGGCCUUCGGCCUUUGGAUGUGGAAUUCAUGAAAGCUCUGCAUGAGAAGGUUAACAUUGUCCCUGUUUUGGCCAAAGCUGACACACUCACCCCGACUGAAGUCAAGAAAAAGAAAAUCAAGAUCAGAGAGGAGAUCGAGCAGUACGGUAUCAAGAUAUACCAGUUCCCUGACUGCGACUCCGACGAAGACGAGGAAUUCAAGCAGCAGGACCUCGAGCUGAAGGAAAGCAUUCCCUUUGCAGUAAUUGGCAGCAACACGGUGGUGGAGGCCAAAGGGAAGAGAGUGAGGGGCCGUCUGUACCCGUGGGGCAUCGUAGAAGUGGAGAAUUCAGCACACUGUGAUUUUGUGAAGCUGAGGAACAUGCUCGUUCGCACUCAUAUGCAAGAUCUCAAAGACGUGACCCGUGAGACUCACUACGAGAACUACAGAGCCCAGUGCAUCCAGAGCAUGACCCGCAUGGUCGUGAAGGAACGUAACCGCAAUAAACUAACCAGGGAGAGUGGCACAGACUUCCCCAUCCCUGUGGUGCCAGGAGUGGCCGACAGCGAGACAGAAAAGCUCAUCCGAGAGAAAGAUGAGGAGUUGCGGCGGAUGCAGGAGAUGCUGCAAAGGAUCCAGGAUCAAAUGCACACUCAGAAAGACGCCUAUUAACACAGGACACCAGUCACACUGUGUACAUGUCUCUCUUUCACUGGGAUUUAAAACACACACACACACACACACACAGGAAAUCUUUAUUCCUUCUCUAGAACAAUGACAUCCCUACGUGUCCACCCAACCACUGCUCAACCUCAUCAGCAGCACGUUACACAUGAUCAGGGACCUGCGAGGAGGUGGUGUCACUACUUCACGUCCAUGACAUCGUCCACGAUCGCAGAGACAUGGUCCAGGAUCGGAGAGACAUUGUUGAGGAUGAGGGAGACAUCGUCCACGAUCACACACGUUGUCCGUGAUCGCAGAGACCUUGUCAAAGACGAGAGAGACGUUGUCCAUGAUCAGAGACGUUGUCCCAUGCUUCGUAGAGACCUUGCGAUAGAAUCGGCGGAGACGGGGGUCACCGAUUUGACGGCACUGCCCGCGAUCAUGGAGACAUUGUUAAUGAUCACAGAGACACCGUCGAUGAUCUCAGAGACAUCGUCCACGAUCGCAAAGACACUGUCUAUGAUCACAAGACUUUGUCCAUAAUCUCAGAGACAUUGUCCACGAUCACAGAGACGUAGUCCAUGAUCACAGAGACGUAGUCCACGAUCACAGAGAGUCUUCAAACAAUGAAGAAGUUCUUUGAAACCAGGACAGAGGCCUCCAGGUGUCACUACUUCACGUCCAUGACAUCGUCCACGAUCGCAGAGACAUGGUCCAGGAUCGGAGAGACAUUGUUGAGGAUGAGGGAGACAUCGUCCACGAUCACACACGUUGUCCGUGAUCGCAGAGACCUUGUCAAAGACGAGAGAGACGUUGUCCAUGAUCAGAGACGUUGUCCCAUGCUUCGUAGAGACCUUGCGAUAGAAUCGGCGGAGACGGGGGUCACCGAUUUGACGGCACUGCCCGCGAUCAUGGAGACAUUGUUAAUGAUCACAGAGACACUGUCGAUGAUCUCAGAGACAUCGUCCACGAUCGCAAAGACACUGUCCAUGAUCACAAGACUUUGUCCAUAAUCUCAGAGACAUUGUCCGCGAUCACAGAGACGUAGUCCAUGAUCACAGAGAGUCUUCAAACAAUGAAGAAGUUCUUUGAGACCAGGACAGAGGCCUCCAGGUGUCACUACUUCACGUCCAUGACAUCGUCCACGAUCGCAGAGACAUGGUCCAGGAUCGGAGAGACAUUGUUGAGGAUGAGGGAGACAUCGUCCACGAUCACACACGUUGUCCGUGAUCGCAGAGAUCUUGUCAAAGACGAGAGAGACGUUGUCCAUGAUCAGAGACGUUGUCCCAUGCUUCGUAGAGACCUUGCGAUAGAAUCGGCGGAGACGGGGGUCACCGAUUUGACGGCACUGCCCGCGAUCAUGGAGACACUGUUAAUGAUCACAGAGACACCGUCGAUGAUCUCAGAGACAUCGUCCACGGUCGCAAAGACACUGUCCAUGAUCACAAGACUUUGUCCAUAAUCUCAGAGACAUUGUCCGCGAUCACAGAGACGUAGUCCAUGAUCACAGAGACGUAGUCCACGAUCACAGAGAGUCUUCAAACAAUGAAGAAGUUCUUUGAAACCAGGACAGAGGCCUCCAGGUGUCACUACUUCACGUCCAUGACAUCGUCCACGAUCGCAGAGACAUGGUCCAGGAUCGGAGAGACAUUGUUGAGGAUGAGGGAGACAUCGUCCACGAUCACACACGUUGUCCGUGAUCGCAGAGACCUUGUCAAAGACGAGAGAGACGUUGUCCAUGAUCAGAGACGUUGUCCCAUGCUUCGUAGAGACCUUGCGAUAGAAUCGGCGGAGACGGGGGUCACCGAUUUGACGGCACUGCCCGCGAUCAUGGAGACAUUGUUAAUGAUCACAGAGACACUGUCGAUGAUCUCAGAGACAUCGUCCACGAUCGCAAAGACACUGUCCAUGAUCACAAGACUUUGUCCAUAAUCUCAGAGACAUUGUCCGCGAUCACAGAGACGUAGUCCACGAUCACAGAGAGUCUUCAAACAAUGAAGAAGUUCUUUGAGACCAGGACAGAGGCCUCCAGGUGUCACUACUUCACGUCCAUGACAUCGUCCACGAUCGCAGAGACAUGGUCCAGGAUCGGAGAGACAUUGUUGAGGAUGAGGGAGACAUCGUCCACGAUCACACACGUUGUCCGUGAUCGCAGAGACCUUGUCAAAGACGAGAGAGACGUUGUCCAUGAUCAGAGACGUUGUCCCAUGCUUCGUAGAGACCUUGCGAUAGAAUCGGCGGAGACGGGGGUCACCGAUUUGACGGCACUGCCCGCGAUCAUGGAGACAUUGUUAAUGAUCACAGAGACACCGUCGAUGAUCUCAGAGACAUCGUCCACGAUCGCAAAGACACUGUCCAUGAUCACAAGACUUUGUCCAUAAUCUCAGAGACAUUGUCCGCGAUCACAGAGACGUAGUCCAUGAUCACAGAGAGUCUUCAAACAAUGAAGAAGUUCUUUGAAACCAGGACAGAGGCCCCCAGGAGGAGAAGACGACAGCAGCUGAAGACCUGAAGUAGAUGAAAGACAAAGUCAAAAGUGUUACAACGCUGUUAAUUAGAUAAAAGACCUCCACCAUCUAACUGCUGUAAACAGUGUUGGUUUCCUGUUGUUCAAGUGAAAACUGUUUGUUUGUACUGUUUUGUUUUUGUUUUUCUACCAUCUAAUGUAGUCAUGAGCACAUUUUCCACAGACUAAUAUGUCUUUAUUAAACACCUGUGAGAACAUUCAACUGCUUAUGAUUUUGAUACAAUUAUUAAUAAUAAUUAAAUAAGUGUAUCACAAGCAGUUAAAUGAUCACAAAGAUGCUUAGUAGACAUGUUCAUCUUUGGAAAAUGUGCUCAUAACCACAUGAACCUAACCAGCUCUAACAAGUGUUUCCUUGUGAUAAUGUCUGUCAUUAUCUUUGCUGUGAUUUGUUAAAUGUUGUCUGGAAUAAAAUCAUUAAAGUUGUAUUUCUCUAUUUUGAAACUGAUGUUAUAAGAAAAUGUCCCGAUUCUCAUGUUUUCACUUUUUAGAUCCAUUUUUAAAUAUUUAGAAUUUUUAAUCUUUUUAUGGUUUUACACUCAUUUCUAAAAGUAAAAAAAAAUUAAAGGCUUUAUACUUGUCUUUUACACUUAAGAUUUUGUACUUAACUUUUUUUUUGAAUUUCAUACUUAAUAUUAAGGUAUUUUUUAAGGUUCUAUUUAAAAAAAAAAAAAAAAAAAACAGGUUCCGUGCUUAAUUCUUAGACUUACUUUUAAAGAUUUUUAAUAUAUAUCAUUUAGAAGGCUGAAUAGUUAAACCUUAUUUAUCAAACCUGCUUUUAAUGUUUUAUCCUUACUUUUUAUACCUAUGUCUUUAUGGUUUGAAUUGUAUUUUUAAAUGAUUUUAUAUUAACUCUUUAGACCUAUUUAUGAAAAGGGUUUCAAUUCUAUUCUAAACUAAGGUUUUAUAUUUUUUUGUUUUAUUCAUAUGUAUUUUGUUAUACAUAUUUUUUUACUUAUUUUUGCAGCUACAUUGUUGAAAAAUACUAAUUACAGCAGCUUUAUUGUUGGUUUUUGUUCCAGACAAGAGGUUUUAAAUUGUCAAACUGCAGCUGAGAUAAUGACAGAGUCAGACUGAAAAGAAUAAACUAACACUGACCUUCUGGAAA